AUGCUCUCCCAACACCUACACGACUUUGACGAAGAAACUAAAACUGUUGAUGGGUACCACAACAGAGGUGGUUCGGGCCGCCAGAGUUUGACGCGAGUCGCCUCCUACAUUUGCGAAUGUAACUCGUUCCAGGUGGUCUGUACCAAGACAUAUGGCGUCAAGGAUUUCCGGGAAGACCUCAAAGUGCUGUACACAAACUGCGGCGUGGACUGCAAGAAGACCACGUUCAUAUUCUGCGACACUCAGAUAGUGGAGGAGACCUUCACCGAGAUUAUAAAUAACCUGCUCAGCAGCGGCGAGGUCACUAACCUCUUCAAGCCGGACGAGUUCGAAGAUAUCAAGCAAGCCCUGGAGAAGCCGAUGAAGGCCGCGAACAUAAUGCAGACGGCCGAGUCUGUGUACUUGUUCCUGGUGGACAGGGUCCGUGCCAACAUGCACAUCGUGCUGUGCUUCAGUCCCAUCGGUGACGACUACAGGAACCGCAUCCGUCAGUACCCCGCCUUGAUAAACGCUACAACUACUAACUGGUUUCUGGAAUGGCCGCGAGAGGCGCUGCUCGAGGUGGCCUACAAGUUUCUGGAGGGCGUGGAACUAUUAGCUUCCAUCACGGGAGUUCGGGUCCGCCGGAAGGAGUCGCUGGUGGAGAGCCGCGAGGACGUGCUGCGAGCGUCCGUGGCGUCCAUCAUGUCGCUGAUCCACUCGUCGGUGGGCCGCUACUCCGUGAAGAUGUGGCAGGAGAUGCGCCGCACCAACUACGUGACACCAACCAACUAUCUGGAGCUCGUGUCCGGCUAUAAGGAGAUGCUGAAAGCGAAGCGUAUAGAGAUUGCUCUGCAAGCAAACAAACUGCGCAAUGGCCUGGGCAAGGUGGAGGAAACCACCAAGCUGGUGGGGCAGAUGUCAGAGGAGUUGGCAGUGGCCCAGGUCCAAGUGGCGGAGUACACCGAGCAGUGUAUAGAGUACAUGGGCGUGAUCAACGUGCAGCAACGGAACGCCGACGAGCAACAGCGGUCCGUGGCCGCGCGCAGCAAGAAGACGCAGGAGGAGGAGGUGCAGUGCAAGAAGCUGGCUGAGGCCGCCAUGAGGGACCUGGCCAGCGCCAUGCCCGCGCUCGAGGAGGCUGUCAAGGCGCUCGACGCGUUGAACAAGAAAGACAUAACAGAGGUUAAGUCGUACGCCAAACCACCGCAGAAGGUAGAGAUGGUGUUGGAGGCUGUACUCAUAUUGCUACAGAAAGAGCCAACAUGGGCCGAAGCGAAGCGUCAACUGGGCGACCAGUACUUCCUGGACCGUCUGCGCGACUUCGACAAGGACAACAUCGCGGACAAGACGCUGAAGAAGAUUGGCACGUACACCGCCAAGCCGGACUUUGACCCCGAGAUCGUGGGCACCGUGUCGCUAGCUGCGAAGUCGCUCUGUCUCUGGGUGCGGGCUAUCGAGAAGUAUGGCAAGGUCUACAAAAUUGUCAAACCCAAAAAGGAACGUUUAGAAGAGGCUUUGGAGUCGCUUCGUAUGAAGCAGCAAAUAUUGGCUGAGGCACGCGCCAAGCUGCGGGAGUUGAGUGAGAUGAUCGCCCGCCUGCAGAAGGAGUAUGAUGAGAAGGUGGCGCAGAAAGAAGAACUAGAGAGGAAGUCGAGAAUGCUCCAGCUAAAGUUGGAGCGAGCUGAGGCACUCAUUACUGGACUGUCUGGUGAGAAAGAGCGAUGGGAGUUGACAGUGGAACGUUUGGACAAAGAGUUUGACAACCUGCCAGGUGAUUGCUUGAUAGCGACCGGGUUCGUGGCGUACCUGGGGCCGUUUGUCUCCGAGUAUCGGGAGUACCUUAUGGACGAUUGGUUCAGAGAGGUUUAUAAUGAAGGUGUCCCCUGCACAAUGGACCUCAGCAUGAAGUACUUCCUUCUUGAUGAUGCAAUUCUAAGAGAAUGGAAUUAUAUGGGGCUGCCUGAUGACAACUUCAGCGCGGAGAACGGAAUAAUAGUGGUGCGUGCUACAAGAUGGCCGCUGGCUGUGGACCCGCAGGGACAGGCGCUCAUCUGGAUCUCGAGGCUGGAGGAGAAGAACGACAUACAGAUUGUUGAUUUUGGUCAACCCAACUACCUUAAGAUCAUGGAGACGUGCCUGAUAGAGGGCAAGCCGGUGAUCGUCCAGAACGUAGGCGAGGUGCUGGACCCCUCGAUCGCGCCGAUCCUGGACAAAGCCAUUGUGAAAAUCGGGAACUCCUACGUCAUCAAGUUCAACGAAAAGAUGGUUGCAUACAAUAGCAAGUUCCAGAUGUACCUCACCACCAAACUUGGUAACCCGGUGUACACUCCCGAGACCUUGACGAAGACAACGAUGGUGAACUUUGCGGUGAAGGAGCAGGGGCUGACGUCACAGCUGCUGGGCAUCGUGGUGCGCAAGGAGCGGCCGCAGCUUGAACUGAUGAAGGAUAACCUGGUGAUGACCAUCGCAAAUAACAAGAAAACGCUGGUGGACUUAGAGAACGAUCUGCUUCGCAUCAUGUACGAGUCGCAGGUGCCUCUCCUGGAGAACGAGGAGCUGUUCAUAACGCUGCAGACGUCGCAGCGCACGUCGCUGCAGGUGAAGGAGGCGCUUAUCACCUCUCAAGUGACGGAAAAAGAGAUUGACACGGCCCGACAGGGCUACGUUCCGGUAGCUGUCCGCGCGUCCGUACUGUUCUUCGCGUUGAACGAUCUGUCCCGCAUCGACCCCAUGUACCAGUUCUCUCUGGACGCCUACAUCGACCUGUUCACGUACUCCAUAGAUCGCAGCCCCAAGGGAGGGGAACUGGAGGACAGGAUCAACAAUCUCAACGAGUUUCACACUUUUGCUGUCUACAAGAACACUUGCCGCGCGUUGUUCGAGCGCCACAAGCUGCUGCUGUCGUUCCACAUGGUCUCCCGGAUCCUGUUCCAGAUGGGCAAGUUGAGCAUGAACGAGUACCUUUUCCUCCUCAAGGGGGGAGUGGUGCUUGACCGCUCCGAACAACCGGACAAUCCUACCAAUUGGCUCCCGGAUGAGUGUUGGGACAACGUGACCGAGUUGGAUAAGCUGCCCGGCUUUCACGGGGUGAUUGACUCUUUCGAGACCUUCUCCAAGGAGUGGAAGGAAUGGUACCUCAUGCCGGAGCCAGAGCUGGAACCACUAAUCGGCGAAUGGAACGACGUGUGCAACGAAUUCCAGCGCAUUCUGUUCGUGCGCUCUCUGCGUGCGGACCGGAUAGCGGCAUGCGUGUCCACAUUCAUCAUCAACACGCUCGGGCCGCGGUACGUCGAGCCGCCCGUGCUCGACAUCAGGGCAGCAUGGGAGGAGUCAACAUGGAAAACGUCACUGCUGUUUGUGCUGUCACCCGGCGUGGACCCCACGUCCUCGCUGAUCCAGUUGGCGUUGGACGUCAAGAUGUUUGACAAGUUUCAGUCGCUCAGCUUAGGCCAAGGGCAAGCUCCUACCGCUGCUCGGAUGCUAGCGCAGGGCAUGCACGACGGUGGGUGGGUGUUCCUGGCGAACUGCCACCUGGCCUGCCAGUGGCUGGGCUCGCUGCGUGGUCUGGACAACCCCAAGAUCCACCCUCGCUUCAGGCUGUGGCUGUCCUCCAUGCCGGACGACAAGUUUCCUCUGAGCGUUCUGCAGAGGAGCAUCAAGAUGACGACAGAACCUCCACAGGGUUUGAAGGGCAACCUCGUUCGGAUAUUCUCGAAUUUGAAUGAAAACAAGUUCGACGAGGCGACGCCGAUGUAUCGCCGGCUGUUGUUCUGCGUGUCGUUCUUCCAUUGCUCGCUCAUCGCCAGGAAACGUUUCCGACAGCUCGGUUACAACGCAGUGUACAGCUUCAACGAUGCAGACUUUGAUGUAUCGGACAACCUGCUGGCGAAUUACCUCGAGGAGUACGACGAGGUGCCGUGGGACGCGCUGCGCUACUUGUUCGCCAUCAUCAACUACGGCGGACACAUCACCGACGACUGGGACAAGCGCGUGCUCAUCGCCUACAUCAACCAGUUCUUCUGCGAGGAAGCUCUUGACACCCCUUUCUACAGAUUAUCGAGUAUCCCCGCGUACCACAUCCCGCGGGACGGUAGCCUGGAGUCGUACCGGGAUUUCCUGGACGUGCUACCAGCGCAGGAACGCGCCGAGUCAGUGGGACAGCACGCGUCUGCUGAUGUGGCAACACAGGCGCAGGAUGCGCUCAUUAUGUGCUCGACACUGUUUGCGCUCGCGUCAACUGGAGGGGGUGGGGCAGGCGGAGGGGAGGAUCAAAAGGUGGACGACUUAGCAGCAGAAAUGAUUGUGAAGUUGCCGUCGAAGAUCGACGUGGAGACGACGGAACGCAUGAUGGGCCCCGAGAUCGUGAUGCCCAUGUGUGUCUCCCUGCUGCAGGAGAUCGGAUACUUCAACGUGCUCAUCACCACUAUAUUGUCUGGACUGAGGGAGCUGCGUCGAGCAAUCGAGGGUUUGGUUGUGAUGUCGGAUAUGUUGGAGAUGAUGUACCAUUGUAUAUUUGAAGGGAAAGUACCGUCGUUUUGGCAAAAAGGUCGGCCGUCGAUCAAGCCCCUGGGCUCGUGGUGCCGCGAGCUGUUCCUGCGCGGGUCCCACCUGUCCGCGUGGGCCAACGCCCCCCGUUCUCCCCCCACGCUGUGCUGGCUGCCGGCAUUGGUGGCACCCACUGGCUUCCUCACGGCAGUGAUGCAGACGACCGCCCGCGGCGAGGCGUGGCCCAUCGACACGCUGUGCUGGGAGUUCAACGUGAUGCCGCUGGAGGAGACGUCGUUCGUGCGCCCGCCGCGAGAUGGCGGUGUCUACAUACGUGGUCUGUACAUGGAGGGCGCGAGCUGGAACAAGAAGGAGGGUUGGCUGCAGGAGCCGCUACCCAUGCAACUGGUGUUCCCCAUGACUCCUAUACACUUCAAACCCAUCCGGGCCACGGGACGCCGCAUGAGAAACCGCUACGUUUGUCCGUGCUAUUACUACCCGCUGCGGAUGGGCGCUUUUGUGGUCGCAGUGGACGUCCACUCCGGAAAGGAGUCUCCAGAUUUCUGGGUGAAGCGAGGCACCGCGCUUCUCUGCACUCUGGCCUCUUAGACCGCUAGGAGAAUACGGCCCUGUUCCUAGAAUCCAUCUCAGGCCGUUAUAAGCUGAAUACAUACGACGCCUGAGCAAUACGAAACACGACAAGAGCCAAGACAUCUGGAGUCGUAUGCUCUAUAGUUUUAUCACCUUCGGCUAUUGUUAACGGCCGUUCUCAAUAACCUUUCUCUAGUUACGGAUAGACAGCUAUCCCCGUCAAAUGGCAAAAUCUUAUCUAUCCACGGUUUUCACAAUCAAGGACAAGCGCUAUCUAUCUGUUAAUAGCUUUUUCCCUUCCCAGCCUCCCACAAAUGUUUAAUGCAAAUUUUUUUAAAUCUUAAAAGUAAGUAUUUAAGUGUAAAAGGAUAGAUUUGUCUACUUCUAGUAAGUAAAACUAAGUAUAGAUAGGUUAUUGAAAACGGCUGUGAAUGAGUCAUUCAGCUGUGACAAAUGAUUGAUUGAGCAAUGUACAGAGAUAAAUGCUCUAGCGUAACUCAUCCUCCUAGUUUCUAGUUUAUAUCAGAUUAUUUAUUCUAUUAUGAUAUUUCCAAUAAAACUUAUGUUACCUA